AUGUCCAAUACCAUCAUUGAAGAGGGUGACCCAUCCUCAAUGUUUACCCAAGGCUCAUUGCCUGCCAAAGACUCUCAGUUCUCCUAUGGCACUAGAGAGGACUUGUCUGCUGCACCCCUUUCUCUACAAUAUGGCACCUAUACUUACAAGCCUGGAUUGCCCCACAGAUCCCUAGACUCUGUCACACUAGAGGGACAGGCAAAGAAGGAAGUUGUUAGGGAGACAAACAGGCAGAUGUCCAAGGCUAUCAAGGAAAGUACUUAUGAAGCAGAGCACCAGAGGGAGAAGCUGGAUGUGCUUUUAUCAGAAUUGGAUACAGUGAAACUUCAUGUUGAGCAUCCCCAAGCUUUCAUGGAUAUCCAAAACCUCCAUAAUGUUUCUGAUACACCUUGUGAUCUGCUUGCUCAAGGCUUUAGGGCAAUCUGGGGACCUUGUGUUUAUCUGUCUAGUUGCUUCUAUCCUGAUUGCAUGGGCUGCAAGAGCAAGACGUGCCACUUUGCUCCCUUUGUCAAGGCUGUUUAUGUACAUUAUGAGAGGCUGUUCAACAAACUGGCCCCCCUCAAAUUGCAUCAUGAGAGCCACAACAAGGAGACAAAAUCCAUUCAGUCUAUCAGCUUGUUGAAGCCAGAGAGGUUGGACUUCCUCAACAUUGACUUUGACAAGGUCAAGAGAGACAAGGCCUUGAAUCUUGAGAUGGUCCUAAAGAAGAAAAGUAUUGUAGUCAAGGGGAACUGGGAGGAAGCCAAUGCUACAAAACUUACAUUCUCAGAGUUCACAAGCUGCUUCCUCCAGGCUUAUGAUUGUGCAAAGGACCUGUUCAAAGUCACUAAAGAGGAACUCGUUCCACACAAGCUUCUUCCUAAUAUGACAGUGGAAGAGUGUGGUGCUGGCCUGGAAGGCAUGAUUAGGGCCCACAAACGGUUCACUAUAGAGUUCUGUGAAGAAGUUGCAAGGUCCAAGAAGCAAAAGGGCCUAGAUGAAGGCUAUACACACAGGGACAGCUCCAAUACAUCCAGCAAUGAUAUGAGUAAAAGGCAUUGUCUGUUCAGCCCCUUGAAGAAAGCCUGGAAUAGACUUAAAGCAACAGAAAAGAAGAAGGAAGUAAAGACCAAGUUCAGUAAACAGACAGUAAUGCAGUUCUUGGUGGACAAGCUAAAGGCUUUCAAGGAAGCACAAGCAAGAUACAUAACAAUUGGUUGCACUACUACAGUCCUCCUAAACAACAACUUGCUCAAACUCUGUGUCAAUACUGAUAGAGAAUUCUGUGUGAUAAUGACUCAAUACGUUCAUGGCGAAAAGUCCAUCAAUGCUGAUAUCAAAAAAGCUGUUAAGAAUGUGAGGAACGUUCUCCCUCAGCUAAGCACUGAAACAGUGGAGAGUUUCAAGUUACUGUACAACAUAGGCUUUGAGACACACCCUGCUGAACGUUUCGAUCCAGGGAGAGACUUUGAAACCAUCAUCAACAAUGCCAGAUGCCCUAGCACUUAG